AUGUUUCUCUCUCCCAACUACCUCUCUUCUAUUAAUCAAUCUUCUGUGGAGAUGGCUGACCGUCAGCUUGUAAAGAUUAAGUCACCUCUUUGCAUGAGUGCUUUUGGUCCAUCUCCUGUUAAUAAAGAGAAUUAUUCCUGGUGGACUGGUCAGGAGAGACAGAAGGCUAUGAAGACUACCAGGGUCAUUGAUCUAUGUGAUAUUCAGCCCAAGAUGAAUGAACUCUUUGCUGGUGGCAUUAGAAAAGACGGUCAGUAUCUACACAUCUCUCAUGAAUUCAUCCAACACCAGGAUGUCAAGUUUGUUGACAAGGAUGGGAAGCUCCUAGGUCUUUUUAUCUCACAAACUUCUCCAAUCAUCAAUGACCAUCUCAGACAGCUCAAGGAUUAUCUUAAUUUGGAGAUGCCUAGUCAUAUGGCCCCUAUCGACUCUUCCCUCAACUCAGGUGGAACAUUUCCAACGAUGCACUUCAACUACUUUACCAGAUAUGGUGAACAGGUAUAUAUUUUCUCUCUCACAUCUGGUACAAUCUAA